AUGACGACGAAUUCAUUAUCUGAUCUUAAAAUUCAAUUAAAUACUAUCGAGACAAAAGAUGCAAAUAUUCGAAUUACUACAACAACUAGUCCAAAAAUAGAAUUUCUUGAUGUACAAGUUGAAAAUAAUCAUGGACAACUAAGAACUUCAGUAUUUCAUAAACCAGCAGCUGAACCCUAUAUUGUACCAUUUUUAUCAGAUCAUCCACGUCAUGUUCAUCGUAAUAUAAUCAAAGGACAAUUAAUUCGAGCAGCACGUCUCUGUUCUCAUGUCGAAGAUUUUAACGACGAGAGAUUGAAUACUGAAUUUACUUUACUAUUAAAUGGCUAUCCACCAAGAUUCAUUUCUUAUUAUUUUAAAGAGUUCUUUCAACAAAAUAAUGUAUCAAUCUUGAUGGAGAAAUUAGAGCAAGUCACAUAA